AUGGACGCGACAACAGAUCGAGGCUAUGGGACAAGCCAGCUGCCCCUUGCCGGCGCGGUGCUCUGCUGCACCGCAAUCGCCCAUGAGCUGCGUACACAACUCGCCACCAUCGGCGCGCAAAUGGGCGCGACCAUCAUGCUCGACCUCACCUCCGACGUAACCCACCUCAUCGUCGGCAACACCGACAGCGCCAAAUACCGCUAUGUCGCCAAGUCUCGCGAAGACGUCAAGGUGCUCUCACCCGCCUGGCUGGAAGCGCUGCGACAAGUCUGGAUGCAAGGACAUGACCAUGUGGAUGUCGCUGCGCUGGAACAGGAAUACCGCCUGCCAACUCUGUUUGGCCUGAAGAUUUGCCUGACUGGCUUUGACAACCCGGAACAUCGACGGUACAUUCAGGAGACGGUGGACAACAACGGGGGCGAGUACCAUGGCGACCUCACCAAAGCCGUCACCCAUCUCAUCGCCGCCGCACCCUCUGGCAAAAAGUACGAUUAUGCGCUGAACUGGCACAUGAAAGUGGUCUCAUUGGAGUGGUUUGAGCAGAGUCUAGAGCGCGGCAUGAUACUCGACGAAACUCUCUUCCAUCCGACUCUGCCCAUUGAAGAACGAGGCAUAGGCGCCUGGGACCGCCAGUCGACGACACCAGUCUCCAGAAAACGGUCACUGGACCCAGACCCAAGCCAAGCCCUGAAUCCUUUCCGACGCAAGCUACGACGCUCUGCGAGCACCAAGUUUGGGAACCAGAGCGAUGCAUUGUGGGCUGGGAUUACGGCAGUGAGCAUGGAAAGAGAGCAAGAUGAUGGGGAUGAUUGGACGGAGCACAGCACGAUUGAGCAGGGUGACUCAAAUGCCCAUACAACAGCCUCUGUUGCAGGCGGCGUGCCUACUGUCGAGGACUCUACUUUAUAUUCCAAUCCCAUAGAUGCACCUGCGUCACCCUCGGACGUGCUGGCACAGGGACGCUCUUCCAAUGGGUUAUUUGAAGGAAGAACCGUGUGUCCCUUUGGUUUUGACAGUGAGAAAACCGAUAUUUUACGCCAGCACCUGAACAGUCAUGGAGCCCGUGUCCUCUCCACCAGUGAUGUCAACAAUGCAACAUCUGAUGAAUUAUCACGCGGCUUUCUGAUAGUACCGCAUGAUGCGGAGGUUGACUACACGCCGAUUGCCGAGCGCGCCAAAUCACUCAUGAGUAUAGUGAGUAACUGGUGGGUGGAACGCUGUCUAUAUGGCAAGCGCCUAGUCGACCCGGCCGAUGAUGUGCUAAGUCGACCGUUCGGAAAGCUUAAAGUUUCUGGUUUCUCGGAUUUGUCAGUCAACUCGACUGGAUUCGCCGGAAUUGAACUUCUCCAUGUGACCAAAGUAGUUGCAUUGUUGGGUGCCGUCUAUGACGAACAUCUUUCUGCAAAAACUUCGGUCAUAGUUUGCAACUCCACGGGAGCAAACUCACAAAAACUCAAGUUCGCAGCGGAGAAGCGGAUCCCGGCUGUGACAUCUGCAUGGUUGUCGGAUUGUAUACGUAACUGUCGUUUGGAGUCGUACGAUGAUUAUCGAUGCAACACCAGUGCGACUCCCCAGAUUCGAGAUGCAAAAUUAAAACCACGUACCUCUAUGGAUGCGCCGGUAGGUGCCGGUCUCGAGGAUAGCAGCAGCAAACCGCGCCACAACAAACCACAAUCUGCGAAGAUAGUAUCGAAACCCCCAGUGUUACGAAGACCACGUACUCUCGAGCUGGCGCCGUCAGCUGAUGCUACAUCUACGGACGCCUCCAACAAGUCGACGCCUGACCAACAAGACGAUUCUACACUUCCCAAUCUGGACGGCCAUGCAUCCCUACCCCUCCAACACAUCAGCGCCAACUCCCCCCGGCGCCCCUCCACAUCCUCCGCCUCGCUGAAAUCCGCCGCGCGCGCACGCAGUUCUUCCGCAGAGUCCCUGAUCCGGGCCGUCCCAGCCCCAGCCCCCAAAAACCAACGCACUUCAACCACAUCCACAACCAAAUCACAGCUCCCGCAAAAACCUUCUCCAGACCCCGUGAUCCCAACUGCCGACGACUCCCUCGAUCCUUCCGAACCCUCCGUUCCGCCACAGCCGCACAUUCCGCCCAAGCACGUCUCAGCCGCCGACAAGGAUUAUUCGGAUAUCUUGGCGCAGUUACGUGCGAACCGCAAGACUGCGCCUCUGCCUGCUGAAGCGCCGGACGGCCAGCGGCGACGGAGAAGACUGUUGGGCCGUGCGACGAGUACGCGGUCAAACCAGAGUGCAGCCAGUUCCGCGAAUGCGACUUCUAAUGGUGAGAUUUGUCUGGAUGGUGAGGGGGAGGAGGAGGAAGAAGAUGGUGAUGAUGGGCUGGCGGAAGAGUAUGAGCCCAGUCAGCGGUUGGGGUGGGAAGAGCCGGGGGCCGCCAAGGCGAGAGAGGUUAUGAUUAAGAGGCUAGGCGGGACGAUUAAGGAGAAGAGUGUGGUGGUGCAGGGGAUUGGGAUGGUUAUGGAUGAGGAGGUAGAGGUUGGGGGGAGGAGUGUUAGGACGAGGAGGCGGUGA